AUGGGAUUUUGCAAGAUUGCAGGAGUUGGACUGUGCAUGGCGCUUGCUUUGCUUUACACCGUUGAGUGUACAACUACAAGGUAUUUCACCUAUGAAGAAGAUGCGCCCGGGACGGAGAUAGGGAAUUUGUCCCAAGAUUUAAAGAUUGAUCCAGCUGAUGACCCUGACACGUCGUUCCGCUUCAUGCAAGAAAACAACUCUUCCCUGAUUGAAAUGAGGGAGAUUGACGGACUUCUGAGUGUUGCAGAGGUAAUCGACCGAGAGGAGCUCUGCCCCAGGUCUCCUCGUUGCUUCAUCACCUUCGACAUUGUGGCCCUCUCUAACGAAAAGUUUCAACUCAUCCACGUGGAGAUCGAAGUGAAAGACAUCAACGACCACUCUCCUCGUUUUCCGCGCAACGAGACCAACCUGGAGAUCGUGGAGAAUGUCCCGCUGGACUCAAGAUUCCCCCUGCAGAUUGCGGUCGACCAGGACGUGGGUGAAAACUACAUCCAGAGCUACAACAUCUCCCCAUCUAGUCACUUUGCCAUUGAGGUGCGCGAUCGGGAGGAUGGAGUGAAGUUUGCUGAACUGGUGCUGGUGAGGAAGCUCGACAGGGAGACGGAGGACUCCUACGUGAUCGAAGUCACUGCAACUGACGGAGGAGUGCACGCAAAGUCCGGAUCGAUGGUUGUAAAUAUCAAAGUGCUGGACUUUAAUGACAACAGCCCGACGUUUGAACACAGCUCCCUGAAAGUGGAGCUUAAUGAGGACUCUCCGGUAGGUCACCGAGUUCUCAAAGUGCACGCUUUUGACCCGGACGACGGCGUUAACGGAGAGGUGACGUACGCGUUCGCUGACGGGUCAUCCCCAGACUUUGCACGUUUUUUCCACAUUGACCCUUACUCUGGGGACGUGACCCUGAAGGCGGUGGUUGAUUUUGAGAAAAAGAGGUCGUACGAGCUUAACAUCAGAGCCUCGGAUUUGGGUGAGAACUCUGUUUCGUCCAGCUGCAAAGUUGUGAUAGAUGUCGUGGACGUGAACGACAAUGCACCUGAAAUCAGCAUCAAACCGAUGACUUCUAGCAGUGAUGGAGUUGCAUACAUUACAGAAGCUGCAGCUGCGGAGAGUUUCGUGGCUCUCAUCAGCACCUCGGACAGAGACUCUGGCUCCAACGGGUACGUGCGCAUCAGCCUGCUCGGGCACGAGCAUUUCACCCUCCAGCAGGCGUAUGGGGACUCUUUCAUGAUCACAACCAGCACUACUUUAGACAGAGAGAAGAUCCCAGAGUAUAACUUGACUGUGGUUGCAGAAGACCUGGGAAGCCCACCCUUUAAAACUGUCAGACAAUAUACCAUCCGUGUUACAGAUGAGAAUGACAACCCCCCUCUCUUCAGUAAGUCACUUUAUGAAGUUUCAGUCCUGGAAAACAAUAUUCCAGGUUCGUAUGUAACCACUGUCGUCGCCCGAGAUCUUGAUGUGGGAAAAAACGCCAAAGUCUCUUACAAAGUCAUAGAUACAGAGGUGCCAGGAGGAUCUCUGGUGUCCACUUAUGUUUCUGUAGAUUCACUUUCAGGGUCUUUGUAUACUUUGAGGUCUUUUGAUUAUGAGACUCUUAAGCAGAUUGAGUUGGUCAUUCAAGCUGAAGACCGAGGCUCCCCCUCUCUUACAAGCACAUCAACUAUCAGAAUUAAAGUUGUGGAUCAGAAUGACAAUUAUCCAUACUUCACCUUCCCUGUCCUUCUGAACGACUCUGCUGAUAUUCCCCUGCCUUUUAAUGCACCAGCCGGCUACCUCGCCCUGCGCGUCUCAGCUGAAGACGAGGAUGAGGGAGUGAAUGGCCAGCUCUCUUACCAAAUUGUGCAAGGUGACCCACAGCUUCUUACAAUGAACAAAGACACAGGAGAGAUUGCUUUAAAACAAUGGCUGACAGCUGAAAUUGGAGACGUGCUGGAAAUGAAAAUUGCUGUGAGUGACAAUGGCAGGUCCCCACUCUCCAGCAGUGCCACUAUUAGGUUUGUCAUCUCAGACACAGAGCCCUCUGAAGACCAAGUGGUCAUUGUGUUGCGGUCAAGUGAUGGAGAAGGCUCCAUCUUGGAUGGCUCCCUAAUUGUCAUUAUUAUGCUCAGUGGGGGUUGUGCGUUGUUGCUGAUUGCGAUAGUAGUUGUUGUUGUCACAUGCAAACUCAGCCGUGGGGGGAGAAACCGUGGCUCCAAGAGGGACGUGUGUCACAGCCUGUUUGACAGCGGGCCCCUGCCCAUGCUCGGCUCAGCAGAACCAAACAUAUACACCGGCCAGCGAGGCUUCUUCCACGAGAGAACCUCUUCAUCUCUGGAUGAUCCCUGCCUGUAUGAGGAGAGGAGUGGGGACUCAGAGACAAAGAUGUUCCUGCCCUCCAAGCAUUUUCCAGCAACAUCUGUGUGGCAAGGUGACAAAUACUGCUUGCAAGUGAGUGGCAUUGGCAACACCGACCAGCUGAGCGUGAAGGACAGUGGCAAAGGGGACAGUGACUUUAACGACAGUGACUCUGAUAUCAGUGGUGACGGAGGCAAAAAGAACUUCAUUACCUUCCAGCCAAGGCUAAAAAGUUCAUCCAGCACUGCUAACAGCUUGUCUGGGGAUUGCCAAGGCACGUACUGUGCAGUACCACCACAGAGCUUCAGAGCCCCCAGAGACAGUGCGUACACAAUAGGCUUCUCCCCAGCACCAGUCUUCAACAAUCCGCACAGUUAUCCCUACUUGUGGAAGGACUCUGGUUAUGGCACAAAUCGACCAAAAUCAAGGAGCAGUAUGCAGACCUUCUCCAGGACCGGGACUCUCCCUUCUUACUUCCCUCAGCAACAGCGCGAGGCGGGUGCUGGAGGGGCUGAAAUCCACAAGCAGAGUCCAAAUAUUGUAACUGUGGCUACUGCAUUAGAGGUUGCAACAAUUUUUUAA